AUGGCAUUGGAACCUUCACGUUAUUUGGACAAAAAGACCUGGAAAAUGACACCGGCGAUGAUCAGAGCCAGACAACCAUAUUUCAAGAAGAAUAUGAUUGCGUUGGGGUUGUUGUUAGGUAUAACCACGGGUGUGUAUGUGUAUACGUUCAAUUUAUCGCAUAAGGAUAAUGAUUUUAUAGAUGUUCCGAUCCCACCGAUUGAUGAGAAGGAGUUGGCCGUUCUACAGAAGGAGUUCAAUGACAAGAAGAAUUGA